AAAAAACUAAUUAAGACGAGAUGGGAUCACCGGGUGGUUCCCAUAGGAGUUGCCGAUCCUCAUUACUCUGGCGACUCGGCGCUCUGAUUCUCAUUCUGAAUGCCUGCCAUGUGCCCUUAAUGAUCAAUGCCAAGCAAAUCACAAGUUUAGACGAUGACCUUGACUUUGUGGAGAAAGACAAUGUUAUUUUGGAUCGUGAGAAGCGUCAUGAUAGCGUCCUAGAUGAUUGGAAUCCCAUUGAUGAUGAUGAUGAGCCCCAGUUGGUAGAGGGUAACUGGUUCAGUCAGGGUGUCCAUAGAGUUCGUCGCGAACUCUCUCGCAUUUUUGGCUCUGGUCCUGAAGCAUCGAAGGUUCGUGUUCAUCGCAGUUUGAAUAAACGUCAACAGGUGCGACGACAACAUGCCAAGGAGGAGGCAAAGCAGCGACGUGAUCUCCAAAAGUUGAAUAGACAGCAACAGCAGGAAAAACAACGUUUGCAACAAUUGCAGUCCCGUAAACGUUCACCCGAUACUUACGAAGAGAGCUAUCCGGGAUCCGGUGAUGGCGGAGAUGGAGGUGAUGGAGGAGAUGAAACCACUUCGUAUCGUACCGUUUUCAGCAUAAAUGAACCAUUCUUUAGCGAGUACGAGGAUAAAAAUAGUGAAAAAUUCGAAACAUUGCAAAGACAACUUGCCCAAGACUUGCUUUCCUUUUUCCGUGAGGUCUAUGAAUUGGAUGACGAUGAUGUGGAACUGCAUAGCACUCUCUUAGAUGUGGAACGAACCGACGAUGCCUUUAAGCAGCGAGUGCUAGUGCAAUUGGAGAUACCGAAUCGUAUUACCGACUUUGAGGAUCAAUUCCGUAAACAUUUAUCGAACUAUAAUCGAAUUGACAGUAUAGGUGCAUCGGUCGAUGAUAGAUUCGCCUUCUAUCCAUAUCUUGAGAGACAUGUCAACGGAGCGUAUGAUUUAGGAUCACCUUUUGGUGCUAAUGAUACGAUACCUGAAGUAGAAGGUUCUGGCGAUGAUAUCGCUGUAAAGGUCCCAAGUUAUGGCUGCCGUGGUGAUACCACCUAUACUUGUCCUGUAUCAGGUCACACCAUUUGCGAUGAGCAGCGUUGCGAUAACAUAAGAGAUUGUCCUGAUAACGAGGAUGAAUUGAAUUGUGGCACUGAUAAUUAUGAACCGGAUUUGAUUUGCUCUGAAGAAGAAUUCAAGUGCGAUAAUCGUUGCCUGAAUUUGAACUAUCACUGCGAUGGUCACAUAGAUUGUGAGGAUCAGACCGAUGAGGCUGGUUGCCCAACCAAAGAGGAGCAAGCGCCACAACCAAAUCCAGAGCAACCCGAGGAAAAUUGGGUAGAUAAUGUAUGCCAGCCAAAUGAAUUCCGUUGCCACAAUGGUGAAUGCAUCUCCUCCGACAAACACUGCGAUAAUGUAAGCGAUUGUUCCGAAGGCGAGGAUGAGAACGAAGAUUGCGCUGCUGCCUGCAGUGCCAUGGAAUAUCAAUGUCGCGAUGGCACUCGCUGCAUCAGCUCAAGCCAACAAUGCGAUGGCCAUCCUGAUUGCAGUGAUGGCGAUGAUGAGGAGCACUGCGAUGGAAGUGGCUAUGAUGAGGAUGAGUGCCGCUUUAAUGAGUUCCGUUGCGGCACUGGUGAGUGUAUACCUAUGCGUCAGGUGUGCGAUAAUAUCUACGAUUGUGCCGAUAAUUCAGACGAACUGAAUUGCGAUAUAGACGAACCAAAUACCGAUACCUUCGACAAGGACGAAAUUAUACGCAACUAUGCGGAUCACAAUAAACAUCUAUACGAAAAUAGAGGUCACUAUGGCGAUCGACCGAGACUAGAUGGCGACGAUGCCAAAGAAUAUGAAGUUUAUACACCAAACGGAUAUGAAGCAUAUCCACCGAAAAAUGUUUACGUGAAGGUCAAUUCCGAUAGUGUGUGCAGCUCGAAUCAAUUUAAAUGCACCUCAGCGAAUAUAUGUAUACCACUGCACAUGCGUUGCGAUGGUUAUUACCAUUGCAACGAUAUGAGCGAUGAACGGGACUGUGAAAACUACGUAGUGCCAAAGACAACGCGAAGGCCGCCAAUUUCCAGACCAAGCACAACGACAAGAAUCACAACUACCAGAACCACUUCGGCACCAGAGAGACCAUCAUGGCCAGCAUGGACAGCAAGGCCACGGCCACCUGCAUCGCUGGAAAUCGGGCCAACGAGUUCACCACGAGCAUCAGAAACUGUUGCAACCAGAACUAACCCAUUUUUAAUAACAUCAACAACGACAACUCCUCUUCCAACUGCAAUAACGAAUUUCCAUGCCAGAUUCAAUCAGAGCCGACCAAUUGUCGAUUGCAUGAGCUUUCAAUAUCAAUGCGGCGACGGUAGCUGCAUAUCGGGCUAUAAGCGCUGCAACGGCAUCACCGAUUGUGCCGAUGGUGCAGACGAGAACAACUGUCUCUUUCAUUAUCCGGAUGAAACGGAAGACUAUGAUGAUCGUUAUGAUACUGACGAAAUGCCAUGUGAUGUAACCGAUGUACUUUGCGAUGAUAAUCGUUGUCUACCAUAUGAGAAGAAAUGCGAUGGCAUUAUCGAUUGUGAUGAUCGAACCGAUGAGGCAUCGUGUCCUGGUACAGUCACCACACGUCUAACGCCAAACGAUUGCACUUCCGAGGAGUUCUUCUGCGAUGAUCUAUGCCUAAAUCGUUCAAAGCGCUGUAAUGGUCAAAUUGAUUGCAAUGAUCAUAGCGAUGAGAAUAAUUGCCCCCAAACAGCGCAUGAUGCACGUUAUCCAUCGCAAUAUUAUCCGCAUUCACACACACAUACGCAAACGCAUUCGCUUCUGCCCUGUCCUCAGCAUACAUGCCCCAGUGGCAAAUGUUAUACGGAAAGUGAACGCUGCGAUGGUCGUCAGCAUUGUGAGGAUAACUCGGAUGAGCGUAACUGUUGUGCUGCCGGUCAAUUCCGUUGCAGAGAUGGCCAUUGCAUUUCCCAGGAAGCUGUCUGCGAUAAUUAUCCACAAUGUCCCGAUGGUUCCGAUGAGGCUGAUUGCCAUACGGGUGAAUGUUUGUCCAAUCAGUUCCGUUGCCGCAAUGGUCAGUGUGUGAGUGCGGCGGCACGUUGCAAUAGGCAAACCGAUUGUCUAGAUGGUUCCGAUGAGCAGAGUUGCGCCAACGAACCAGCGAAUACUCCACGCAAUCAAUUGUUGCUAAAGACCUAUCCCGAUAGCCAAAGCAUUAAAGAAAGAUAUAUUAGGGAGGGUCGCGAGGUUGUCUUCCGUUGUCGUGACGAGGGACCAGCACGAGCUAAGGUUAGAUGGUCUCGUCCUGGAGGUCGACCCCUGCCCGUUGGUUUUACCGAUAAGAAUGGACGUUUAGAGAUUCCGAAUAUACGCGUGGAAGAUGCUGGAACUUAUGUCUGCGAAGCUGUUGGCUUCCCCAACUAUAUGCCAGGUCAACAGGUUACAGUGCACCUAGAAGUCGAACGAUACAACAAUGUGGAACGACCACCGACAGCAUGUAACGAACAUCAGGCAACUUGCAUGAAUGGCGACUGCAUUGAUAAGAGGAACAUUUGCGAUGGCACACUCCAUUGCUCGGAUGGCUCUGAUGAGCAUAGCUGCAGUCAUGGACGCAAAUGCCAACCGAAUCAGUUCCUUUGCGACAAUUCCAAGUGUGUGGAACGCACUUGGCGUUGCGACGGCGAGAACGAUUGUGGUGACAAUUCGGACGAAGCGUCUUGCGACACUGAGGCCAGCGAUACACCAUGCCGUUUCAAUGAAUUCCAAUGCCGUAGUGGUCAUUGUAUACCCAAGAGUUUCCAAUGUGACGAUGUACCCGAUUGCAUUGAUGGCAGUGAUGAAACCGGUUGCAUGGCACCCGUUCCCGUGCGUCCACCACCCCCCGUGAAAUCGCUCCUGGAGGGAGAAUCCCUAGAAUUGACAUGUACAGCCACCGGAACUCCAGUGCCCACAAUUGUUUGGCGUCUCAAUUGGGGUCAUGUACCCGAAAAGUGUACAUCGACCAGCCACGAAGGCACUGGCAAGCUAUAUUGCCCCAAUAUGUUGCUUCAGGACAGCGGUGCCUAUUCCUGUGAGAUCAUCAAUACGCGUGGCACACAUUUCGUUACACCGGAUACCAUUGUGAAGGUAACACCGGAACGUAAUAACUUCUGUGCCGCCGGUUUCUUCAAUAUGCUGGCCCGUUCCGCUGAAGAAUGCAUCAGGUGCUUCUGCUUCGGUGUAGCCAACUCUUGCGAUAGUGCCAAUCUCUUCACCUAUGCCAUUCAGCCACCAAUUCUGUCGCAUCGUGUUGUUACCGUGGAGCUAAGUCCCUACCGUCAGUUGGUUAUUAAUGAGGCAUCUGGGCAGGAUCUGCUUACCCUGCAUCAUGGUGUACAGUUCCGUGCCUCGAAUGUGCAAUUCGGUGGUCGGGAAACUCCCUAUCUGGCCCUGCCCAGCGACUAUAUGGGCAACCAACUGAAGUCCUAUGGCGGCAAACUUAAGUAUGAGGUCUCCUAUGUCGGCAGUGGCCGUCCAGUCUCAGGCCCCGAUGUCAUCAUAACCGGCAACCGCUUCACUCUCACCCAUAGUGUGCGCACUCAGUCGGGACUGUCCAACAAGGUGUCGGUGCCACUGCUUCCAGGCAGUUGGCAGAAACACGAUGGGCGCCAGGCCAGUCGUGAAGAGAUCAUGAUGAUAUUGGCCAAUGUGGACAACAUACUCAUUCGACUCGGUUAUCUGGAUAGCGUGGAACGCGAGGUGGAGCUGGUGAACAUCGCCCUGGACUCGGCUGGAACAUCCGAUCAGGGAUUGGGAAGCGCCUCGCUGGUGGAGAAAUGUAAUUGCCCACCCGGCUACAUUGGCGACUCUUGCGAGUCGUGUGCUCCGGGCUAUGUGCGUGAACCUGGCGGCGCUUGGCUGGGUCACUGUGUUCCCUUCACUCCCGAACCGUGUGCGGCCGGUACCUAUGGGGAUCCACGACGUGGCAUUGCCUGCCGUGAGUGCCCAUGCCCGCUGAGCGGUAGCAAUAACUUUGCCAGCGGCUGCAAACUGAGUCCCGACGGCGAGGUCAUCUGCGAUUGUUACGAGGGCUACGUGGGAAGACGGUGCGAGAGCUGCGCUUCGGGCUAUCAGGGCACUCCCAUGGCACCGGGCGGCAGUUGCCACCGUAUUCCUGAAUCGACAUGCAAUGUGGAGGGUACCUACAGUGCCAGGGCCGAUGGCAGUUGCCAUUGCAAGGAUCUGGUUAUUGGCGAACAUUGCGAUAGCUGCGCCCCCAAGAGUUUCCAUCUGAACUCGUUCACCUAUACAGGAUGCAUUGAGUGCUUCUGCAGUGGAUUGCAGGCAGAUUGUGCCAGUACUUCGUGGUUCCGUGAUCAGAUCUCAAGCAGUUUUGGACGUACACGUGUCGCGCACGGUUUCCAAUUGGUCCGUGACUACACUCGACCCAAUCCACAAACCCUACAAUUCGAGACAUCGGCCAAUGACAUUAGCUUCAGUUCAUUCAGCAGCGAACAUAGUGGUUCGGACACCCUCUACUGGAGUCUGCCCGCCCUCUUCUUGGGCAAUAAAUUGACAUCCUAUGGCGGUCGCCUGAACUACACCCUGAGCUAUAGUCCUCUGCCAGGUGGUCAAAUGUCCCGCAACAGUGCUCCCGAUGUUGUGAUCAAGAGCGGUGAAGAUCUAACGCUUAUUCAUUAUCGCAAGUCAGUGGUUAGUCCCAGCACUGCCAACUCGUAUGCGGUGCCGAUUAUCGAAAGUGCCUGGCAGCGAAGCGAUGGCCAGUUGGCCAAUCGUGAACAUCUCCUCAUGGCUUUGAGCGACAUUCGUGCCAUUUACAUUAAGGCCACCUACACGACCAGCACCAAGGAGGGCUCCCUGCAGCAGGUGGUCCUCGAUACGGCCACGGCAACCGCUUUGGGUACUCAACGAGCCUACGAAGUGGAGGAAUGCCGUUGUCCCCCCGGCUACAAGGGACUUUCCUGCGAACGUUGUGCUCCUGGUUACAAGCGUAAUCCCGAAGAGGGUCUCUAUCUGGGAUUGUGCGAGCCCUGCGAAUGCAACGGACACUCAUCGCAAUGUGAUGCCGAAACUGGAGAAUGUCUGAACUGCGCCGACAACACCGAGGGCGAGAGCUGUGAACGUUGCUCAGCCGGCUAUGUGGGCGAUGCCAGACAAGGUUCGCCUUAUGACUGCCAGCCAGACGGGCAGUACCCAAAUCCACCCGGUCCUGGUCCCAACCCCGAUGGACAGACCGAUUGCAGCCGUUAUUACUGUAAUCCGUAUGGUACAAGCAGCUGCGAUACCGGCUACUGCGUUUGCAAACAGAACGUGAUUGGCAACCAGUGUGAUCAAUGCCGUCCUGGUACAUUUGGUCUAUCGGGCAAUCAUACCGACGGCUGCAAGGAAUGCUUCUGUUCUGGCCAGUCCACUCAGUGCAUUUCAGCUGUGCUUUACCGUGAGCUGAUACCCGUAGACUUUAUUGACAAUCCACCUCUGAUUACCGACGAAAAUGGUGAAAUUCAGGACCACGAAAACAUUAAAUUCGAUUUGAAAGAGAAUCUCUAUACCUAUUCCUAUGAGAGUUUCCUGCCCAAGUACUGGAGUCUGCGCGGCAAUCUGCUGGGCAAUCACCUGCAUUCCUAUGGCGGUACCCUGACCUACAUUCUUAUUGUUGAAUCCAAUUCGGGCCGUUAUGUGGAGGGACACGAUGUCAUUUUGAUUGGUAAUGGUGUGAAAUUGAUUUGGUCGCGUUCCAGCCACGAGGCGGAAGAGACCCAAUACACUGUGCGUCUGCACGAGGACGAAGAUUGGCAGCGACAGGAACGUGGACGUUCGGUGCAAGCUUCACGCAGUGACUUCAUGAGUGUACUGACCAAUCUGGAGCAUAUAUUGAUAAGGGCCACAACCAAGGUGCCAACCACUCGCACAUCGAUUGGCAAUGUUGUACUCGAGACAGCGGUGGAGCAGCGCACGGCGCUCGCUUCACGGGCCACUGACAUUGAGGUGUGCCAAUGCCCGGCCGGAUAUCAGGGCAACUCGUGUGAGAGUUGUGCCCCGCUACACUAUCGCGAUGUUCAGGGUUCCUGCAGGGUCUGUCCCUGCCAGCGGGAGAACAGCGAAAGCUGUGCCCUAGGCAGCAAUGGUUAUGUGGAAUGUCGCUGCAAGCCGCGUUACACAGGCGAUCUUUGCCAGAAUGUGGACACAUCUCCCAUUAUUGAAGAACCGCCCAAGAUAUGUGAUAUAAGCAGGGGAUUCUGUUGCAGUGGCUUUCAUUUCGAUAUUGAGCCCAACGAGACAAUAUCCGACAAUGACACCCUGCAGAUAUAUAAGGGCAACAGAAUCAUAGGAAAUAUAACGAAACUCCGUUACGGCUGUCAUCUGCGAGACAAUGGAAUUGUGGAGCCACCAGUAAAUCCGCCAGAUGAUGUUGAUAUACGCACUCAGAUCGAUGUAUUGAUUGCCAGGCCAGCGAUAACAAUUGUGCCAGUUGGUGGUUCUCUAACACUCACCUGCAGUGGUCGCAUGCGUUGGAAUAAUGAUUCUGUUGGAGUGCAUUGGUACAAGAAUAAUAGCCAAUUGCCCAGUCAAGCUUCUGUCGAGGGUGGUAGACUGCAUCUAUAUAAUCUGCAAAUAUCCGAUUCUGGUAUAUACAUUUGCCAGGCACGAAAUGCUGAAACCUUUAGAGAAUACAAGGACACUGUCUCCAUUACCAUAACAGAAAUAGAACAAGAGUCGCCCGCACGCAUUGUGUAUUUGCCCAGUUAUGUGACCUUUGAGGAGUUCCAACCGAAUGAAAUCAAUUGCCAGGUGGAAGGCAAUCCAACGCCAAGCAUCACCUGGACCCGGGUCGAUGGACAGGCCGAUGGUCUAACACGAACCGAUGGCACCCGUUUGAUAUUCGAUUCGCCACGCAAAUCGAAUGAAGGUCGCUACCGUUGUCUGGCCAGCAAUAAGCUCAAUCAGGAGGAGAAAUAUGUACAGGUCUAUGUGCAGAGUAGCACACCAGCUCCACCGCCACAGCGGGAACGUGUCUACAUCCAACCGCUGGAGUUCAAUGGCAUUGUUGGCGAUACAGUGCGUUUGACUUGCCAGUCAACGGGCAGCGCUCAAUUACGCUAUCAAUGGGCUCACGAUGGUUAUCCAUUGCAAUCGCAACGUAAUAUCUACAUUAGUGACAAUAUUCUGGAGAUUGUACAAGUCACUUUGGAGGAUUCUGGCAAAUAUACAUGCUCUGGCUUGGAUAUGUACGCGAGACGCAUUGAUGCCGAUGCUCAUGUCUAUAUUGAUCAGAGUUCAGUGCCUCCCAUUGAUGGCAGCACUUCGCCAGUAAUUACACCAAUUAAUCAACAAUAUGUCAUACAGCAAGGUGAAGACUUUAGCAUUGCCUGUGAGGCAAGUGGUACUCCUUAUCCAAGCAUUAAAUGGGCUAAAGUCCACGAACCAUUGGCCGAAAAUGUCCAUGUAAGCGGCAAUGUGUUGCGCAUUAUCAAUGCCAGGCCCGAGAAUCGUGGCCCAUACACUUGUAUAGCGGAAAAUAAGCAUGGCUCUGAUACGGCUAACACAAACAUUGAUGUCGAACCUCGUGAGCCACCGAGCAUUGAAAUAUCACCAAGGGAGCCACAAACCCAUCAUGUUGGCACCCAGGGUGCUCUCUAUUGUCGAGCCACUGGUGGCAUACCCGAGCCGACUGUUCAAUGGCGUCGUGCCGAUGGUAAACCACUAUCACCUCGCCACCAGGAGCAGGCCCACGAUCCUGGCUAUAUAAUCAUUGAUGACAUACAGAUCUCUGAUGCCGGUGAUUAUGAGUGCUCUGCCACAAAUGAAAUGGGCAGUGUAAAGGUGACAGCAACAGUUCGUGUGGUGGAGAUACCAGUUAUUAGCGUUACGCCCGAUGAUUCCAUUAUCUAUUUGACCGAGGGCGAUGAGUUGCGUAUUAGCUGUCAGGCCAGCGGUUAUCCAAAUCCCAGUGUUCAAUGGGAUUAUCGCGAUGUCCAACCGGAAUUAUACUCGAAUAGGGUCAGCAAUACGGCAUAUUUGAAUAUCUAUCGGGUUAGUGCAUCCGAUGCUCGUGUCUAUGUGUGUACCGCUUCUAAUGAGGCGGGUACAGAUGAGCGUUCGAUACGCGUGGAAGUGAAACCAAAACGUGGUGAUAUACCCGAGGAUGAUGGUGAUGUUGAGAUAAUACCAUCAUAUCCAUCACGUCCAACCUAUGCACCGCCUCAAGAAUCGCAGCCACCAAAGAGUUUCGCCACGGCCGGUGAUAAUGUGACCCUAACGUGUGACCCUAUCGAUUUAUACCAUGCCAAUGUGCAAUGGGUGCGUGUCGAUGGACGACCACUGCCGCCAAAUGUUUACAUUAAUCGAAGCAAUCUAACCAUUAUUGCGGUUGAAGAGCGAAAUACUGGUCAAUAUCGUUGCAAUGUCUUCGAUAGUCACAGCUCACUGCUCAACUAUGAAAUUCGUGAACUAGUGCUGCUACCGGUGCCAAUAAUUACCUUCCAUCCGAACAUACCGCUUGAAGUAGAGGCAUAUCAGAAUUUGGAUCUACACUGCCUGGUGGAGAAUGCCCGUCCAGAGGAUGUGCAUUGGAGUGCCGACAAUAACCGACCACUAUCCGGUUCGGUGCGUAUCGAAGGAAACAUUUUACGUUUCAGAUCCAUAACCGAGGCAGAUGCUGGCGGUUAUCGUUGCACUGCAUCCAACCAAUUCGGUAGAUCCGAAAAGGUCGCUCAAGUGAUGGUAAAUUCACGUCCUAUAUAUCGUCAACGACCCAAGUCCGAGGAAUACACUGGCAACGUGGGCGACACUGUUGAAUUGCGUUGCUCUUUGGCAAAUGAUAAAGGUGUAUUGCGUUAUAAUGUCCAAUAUCGUUGGUAUCGCGAGGAUCAGCAACCACUGCCAAAUGAUGUUAAUCCCAACAAUCAGUUGCUUGUGCUCAAAUCAAUCAAACUUGAAGAUGAGGGUCGUUAUGUUUGUACAUCGUAUGACGUGAUUACCCACAAAUAUUUGGAUCCGACUUACAUUAAUUUGCGUGUACAGCCUAAUUUUAUUAACAAGUUUAAGAUCGGCCACAGCGUUCCAGAGAUCCCUUGCAUGGUUUUCAUAUUAUGUGCAGAUUUCAAGAGCAACAACAAGGCCAAGACGAGCAAACAACAACAUAACAACAAUCGACCCAUUGCCACCACUCCGGCUGCCUGUCAGCCCAGUGACUUCAAGUGUGUGUCACAUCCGCAUACGUGCAUCAAGGCAACUAUGGUGUGCGAUGGCAUCUACGAUUGCACCGAUCAUUCGGAUGAAUUCAAUUGUACGCGGGACUAUGGGAAUGGCAAAGGCAAACUAAAGGCGGACAACAGUGGCAAGGGAACAGCAGUGGUGGCAGCAGGAACAGCGGAAACUGGAACGGGACUUAACUUUAAACGCUGGAAAAAGAACAGUCGUCAAUUUUUGCGACAAAAGCGACGCCAUCAACAGAAACUUCCAAUGAUCAGCAGCCACUUUGCGAUUCCGGGAUCAAAUUAUCCAACCUAUUUGCCACCAGUGGCCGUGGCCACACCAUCACCAAUACCGAACCGAGCCCAUGACUACAGCCUCAAUUUGAAUCAACAAUCCUCGAAUUUACGUCCUGGCGAGUCCACCGAAGUCGAAUGCUAUUCCUCUGAUGACACCUACUCGGAUGUGAUAUGGGAGCGUGCCGAUGGCCUACCCCUAACAGAUAAUGUUCAACAAGUGGGCAAUCGCCUGAUCAUCUCGGACGUUAAUGCCGCCGAUGCUGGCAGCUAUGUGUGCAAAUGUAAAACCGAUGAGGGUGAUCUCUAUACAACCACCUAUGAACUGGCCGUCGAUGAGGAGCCCCAUGAGCUGAAGCGACCAAAGAUUGUCCAUGCCCAGGUGGGUGAUGGGGCGCAAUUGCAAUGCGGAGCAGAUGAUAGUCGCAGUCCUCAUCGUCGCUGGUCCCGUCAAUAUGGCCAAUUGCAACCCGGUCGUGAUCUUGUGAGCGAGCAUCUAGCCUUGGAUGAUGUCCAGUCUAACGAUGCCGGCACCUAUAUCUGUACGGCUACCUAUAGUGAUGGUGAAUCGGUGGAUUAUCCUAGCAUUCUGGUUGUCACCGGGGCCAUUCCCCACUUUGAUCAGACACCGCUCAGCUAUAUGAGUUUCCCCACAUUGCCGGAUUCGUCGUUUAAAUUCAAUUUCGAGCUCACCUUCCGGCCGGAGAGUGAGAAUGGCAUUUUACUCUUCAAUGGACAGACUCGCGGUCCCGGCGAUUAUAUAGCCCUUUCCCUAAAGGAUCGCUUUGCCGAAUUCCGUUUCGAUUUCGGCGGCAAGCCGAUGGUCAUACGCUCCGAGGAGCCGAUCCAACUGAACGAAUGGCAUACGGUGCGUGUCCAUCGCUCGCGUCGCGAUGGCUACAUGCAACUGGACGAACAGCAUCCGGUGGCCUUCCCCACUCUGUCGCAAACGCCGCCAUUGGAUCUCAUCGAAGAUCUGUAUAUUGCGGGCAUGCCCAGUUGGGAUCUGUUGCCCGAGGAGGCGGUCAGUGGUGAGCGCACGGGCUUUGUUGGCUGCAUCAGUCGCUUGAGUCUGCAGGGUCGCACCAUUGAGUUGAUGAAGGAUGCCAAAUUCAAGGUGGGCGUCACCAGUUGCAAGCCCUGCGCCGAGAAUCCAUGCGCCAACAGCGGCAUCUGCCUGGAGAGCCAAACGGAACUGGCCUACACGUGUGUGUGCCAACAGGGUUGGACGGGACGCAAUUGCGCCGUCGAGGGCACCCAAUGUGCACCAGGCAUUUGCGGAGCUGGUCGCUGUGAGAACACCGAACUGGAUAUGGAAUGCUUGUGUCCAUUGAAUCGCACGGGCGAUCGUUGUCAAUAUAUUGAGCAUUUGAAUGAGCAAAGUUUGAAUUUCAAACGUAAUAGUUAUGCUGCCUAUGGCACUCCUCGUGGUAAUCGCGUCAACAUCACAUUAUCCGUGCGUCCUUCGAGCCUCCGCGAUGCAGUCCUUCUCUAUGCAGCCGAAUCGAAAUUACCAAGCGGUGAUUAUAUGGCUCUGAUAUUACGAGAUGGCCAUGUGGAAUUGAUUAUUAAUACGGCGGCACGUCUUAAGCCAGUGGUCAUAAGAUCAGCAGAACCCUUGCCAUUGCAUCGUUGGACUCGCAUCGAGAUGCAGCGUCGUUUGGGCGAAAGUUUCCUACGUGUGGGCAAUGCAGCCGAGAAACGGGCCAAGGCCUCGGGAGCACCGCGUGCCCUCUCGCUAAAGACAUGGCUCUAUGUGGGCGGCUAUGAUCGGGCCACGGUGAAAAUCAAUAGGGAUAUAAAUAUCACCGACGGCUUUGAUGGCUGCAUAUCACGUCUGAAUGAUGCACCCCGUACCAUUCACUUGCUGGCCGAUAUUCAGGAUGCCGCAAAUAUCCAAAAUUGUGGUGAACUCAACGAGAUUGGCGGCGAUGGCGAUAAUGGUGGCAAUGAUAGUGUUCCGCCACCAGAUGAUGGCAAUGGUUCAGGCGAAGUGGAUGGACAGGAACAGCAUCAGCCGUACACAAAUCUGCCGCCAUGUUCGAUUGAUCCUUGCGAAAAUGGUGGCACCUGCAGCGAGGUGGCCAAUCAAGCCGUCUGCUCUUGCCCCCUCGGCUAUACGGGCAAGGAGUGCAAAGAGUAUAUACAAGUGGGCUACAAUGCCUCAUUCCAGGGCAAUGGUUAUCUGGAAAUCAGUCGAAAUCAGUUCGAUACAUCGAUCGAGCAGGCAUACACGGCGGCCACCAUUGUCUUCUCGACAAGCAAACCGAAUGGCCUGCUUCUUUGGUGGGGCCAGAAGGCUGGUGAGGAGUAUACUGGUCAGGAUUUCAUUGCCGUCGCCGUUGUCGAUGGCUAUGUGGAGUAUGCCCUCCGUCUGGAUGGCGAAGAGGCUGUCAUACGCAACAAUGACAAUCGGGUGGACGAUGGUCAUCGUCACAUUGCGAUUGUUAAGCGUACCGAUAACACAGCCAUGUUGGAGGUGGAUCGCAUAACACACUCGAGCGAGACGCGUCCCACCAUUAAAAAGGAGAUUACCUUGCCCGGCAAUGUGUUCAUUGGUGGCAUUCCGGAUAUUGCCCAGUUUACUGGCAAACGAUAUGCACACAAUUUCACCGGCUGCAUUGUGGUUGUCGAGGGCGAUGCUGUUGGUCAAAUCAAUCUGGGACCAUCGGCCGUCAAUGGCGUCAAUGUGGACACCUGCCCCGUCAAAAACGAAUCGUUGGGCGGAACCGAACCACCAGUUGUUUAAGUAACCGAAAUUACCGAAAUUACUUAGCUUUUUAAUUGCAUAAAUCAAAACCUAUCGAGAAAA